AGAUAGAUGUUAGUACUCACGCUAGACAAAGUUUAAUUUCCUAUAGGAUAAUUAUCAUAUUUUUGUUGAUGAGUAUUGUCAAUGUAAACAGAUCGAGUCUCGUUUGGUUAAAAAACCCGCACUGAAUCUAUCUCAGAACCAGGAUUGUACGUCAUUUUCAUCACUCACUACGUGGAAGUAAGAGAUAGCAUUCAGAAAUUAUAUUGUCAGACGAUUUUCAUUGAAGAGGAAAUGUCGAUAUAAGGAAGCGUCAACCACAAAUGCAUUAGAAAGCUUUUUAGGAUCAAGUGAAGACUAAUCGAUAACUUUUAUUUUGUGUUCUCCAUAUUGGAACAGAAUACUUUCGGACAGCAGAGUUUGGAUUAAAUAUCAACUGAACAGUACACUGCUCACAAUAAUUUAUGCAUAAAUUGACUGAAAGUAAAACAGUAAUGGCUCAGAAAGGGACAUCAACGAGUUACCAAUCUUAUCUCACAGUGGUCUUUUUAUUGAUGCUCAUUGCAGACCAAUGUACGUGUAACAUUCUAGAUGACAUGGAUAUGACAAGAUACAACCAACAAUAUAAGAGAGGAAGCAGAAUAGAAUGCAGAUCGUGUGCCACACUCUCCUGUAUUCGGACAUGCGCUAUGGGAAAGCGAUCCUUCAUUCUGGAACCAGAAGAUCAUGAAGCAGUGUCAAAAGAUAAUUAUAUUCCUGUAGUGAGCGGCCAAACAUGCCUCCUAGAUUCCUUCUUUGAAAUGCUAUCAGAAGAAAGCAAAGAUCGGAUUAUUGAGGCUUUCCUGGAAGCUGAAUGACAGGUGUUGGGUGUCAUUAUAGACGUCAGUUUGUCCUAUCGACGGACCAGCAUCAUUCCAAGACACAUUUUGAUCGCUAAAACAACUCUAUGAACACUCCAGGGUAGACCUUCAAAUAGUCACUUCAUCAGCGCAACUUAUGAUAAAAGCGUUGAUCUUUCUUUCUUAAACUUAUUAUUUCUAGAUGUAUAGGUUUUAUACAAAGAGGUUUUCUAACAUUUUCGAUGAAAUCACACUUUUGAGUAUUAUGUGAUAAUUCGACCUUCAAGAUAUUAACAUUAAUCAAACCAACUUUGGACAUCAUUGCUUAACUUUCUUUAUUGUAAGACUGUCUCAAUAUGGAAAGAUAUACAAUCUACAUUUUGGAGCAUUAUGUCUACUUGAGAAAGCCUAUCAACAUUAAGCAAGUUGGGUUUUAAAAAUUAUCAAACGUUGUAACACUGGUUGAACAAUGUUUAUCAGCAAGGCUGAUAGCACCCUGUAUUUUGUAUUGUUAUUGUAUUAGUUUCCAAUCUGUCAUAUCCUUCAUGUAUAAGGAUAAUAAUGAUGAUAAUAAUAAUAAUAAGAAUAAUAAUAAUAAGAAGAAUAAUACAUAACAUUGAAUAAGGCGCAUACUACGUGUGUUUCUAAGCGCACUGUGGUCUGUCUAUGGUUGAUACUUGGGAUU